CUGCUAUAAAAGAAACCGUCACACAGCGUCGAAUUUCAUCAAUUUCCUUCAAUUUUCUCUUUCAAUUUCUAGUAAAAAAACAGUCUAUUGUGUUUUAGUGCAAUGGCUCGUACAAAGCAAACUGCUAGGAAAUCGACGGGAGGAAAGGCUCCAAGGAAGCAACUGGCUACCAAGGCAGCAAGGAAGUCUGCGCCGGCAACGGGAGGAGUGAAGAAGCCACACAGAUUCAGACCAGGAACUGUUGCAUUGAGAGAGAUUAGAAAGUAUCAAAAGAGCACAGAGCUUUUAAUUAGGAAGCUUCCAUUUCAGAGACUGGUUAGAGAAAUUGCUCAAGAUUUCAAGACUGAUUUGAGGUUCCAAAGCAGUGCCGUUGCUGCUUUGCAAGAGGCUGCCGAAGCCUAUUUGGUUGGAUUGUUUGAGGAUACAAAUCUCUGUGCCAUUCAUGCUAAGAGAGUCACUAUUAUGCCUAAGGAUAUUCAAUUGGCUCGUAGGAUUAGAGGCGAGAGGGCUUAGAUGGUAUUGUGGAUUCUAAUUUCUUUUCUAUGGGUCCAAGUAGCUUCAACAUGUCCACUUUGAGUUCUGUUUUUAGAUGGAAACUUAUGCAGAAAUAUAGUUGUUUUUGUUGAACCAGGUAUUGCAGUUCAGGUAGUUGUCAAAAUUCCUGUAUGGGAAAUAGCCAAGUAAUCAUUGAUAUUGUUAUUGUGACAUCUUGGGUUGAACGAAUUUUAGAAUUCCAGUUCUGAAAUUUUACAUUGAGGGCAUGAAAGUUAAAAUCUUACUAAUAUGAUGUAUAUCUUAUAUUUGAGCUGUGUUGUUUUGGGGCACCUUUCUUAAUUGAGUUAAUCGGCUUUUUUCUA